GCGUUUGUGCCGGCGGCGGGCGCGCUCGGGAGCGCGGGGUUGGGGCGCGCCGGGAAGGCGGCGCGGGUGUCCGUCGGUCCGUCCGGGAGCGUGCGCCCCGCGGGGCCCGGCCCUCAGCCUGCCCGCUGGGGGCACGCCUGCCGCCCGCUGCCGCCGCGACGCGGGCAGCGACGCGAGGAGCCGCCAGGAUGAAGCUGGUGAGGAAGGACCUGGAGAAGGAUAAUGCGGGGCAGGUGACGCUGAUCCCUGAGGAGCCUGAGGACAUGUGGCACACCUACAACCUGCUACAGGUGGGUGACAGCCUGCGCGCCUCCACCAUCCGCAAGGUUCAGACCGAGUCGUCCACGGGCAGCGUGGGCAGCAACCGCGUCCGCACCACCCUCACCCUCUGCGUGGAGACCAUCGACUUCGACUCACAGGCCUGCCAGCUGCGGGUUAAGGGCACGAACAUCCAGGAGAACGAGUACGUGAAGAUGGGCGCCUACCACACCAUCGAGCUGGAGCCCAACCGUCAGUUCACCCUGGCCAAGAAGCAGUGGGACAGCGUGGUGCUGGAGCGCAUCGAGCAGGCCUGCGACCCGGCCUGGAGCGCCGAUGUGGCGGCCGUGGUCAUGCAGGAGGGGCUGGCUCACGUCUGCCUGGUCACCCCGAGCAUGACGCUGACUCGAGCCAAGGUGGAGGUGAACAUCCCCCGCAAGCGGAAAGGGAACUGCAGUCAGCACGACCGGGCUCUGGAGAGGUUUUACGAGCAGGUGGUGCAAGCCAUCCAGAGGCAUAUCAACUUUGAGGUGGUGAAGUGUGUACUGGUGGCUAGCCCAGGCUUCGUGCGGGAGCAGUUUUGUGACUACAUGUUCCAGCAGGCAGUCAAGACUGACAACAAACUUCUGCUGGAGAACAGGUCCAAGUUCUUACAGGUCCACUCUUCCUCAGGACAUAAAUACGCACUGAAAGAAGCACUCUGCGACCCAGCUGUAACUAGCCGUCUUUCUGACACUAAGGCAGCUGGUGAGGUCAAAGCCUUAGAUGACUUCUAUAAAAUGCUGCAGCAUGAGCCUGACCGGGCUUUUUAUGGCCUGAAACAUGUGGAAAAGGCCAAUGAAGCCAUGGCCAUUGAUACCCUGCUGAUCAGUGAUGAGCUUUUUCGGCACCAGGAUGUGGCUACACGUUCCCGAUAUGUUAAAUUGGUAGAUAGCGUACGGGAGAACAUGGGCACAGUGCGCAUUUUCUCCAGCCUCCAUGUGUCUGGAGAGCAGCUGGGCCAGCUGACAGGGGUGGCAGCUAUCCUGCGCUUUCCAGUUGCUGAGCUCUCUGACCAGGAAGAUGAAUCUAGCUCUGAAGAGGAUUGAUAACAGUGGCUUCAUUCCACAGUUUCUUUUCAGUGUCAUGUUGAAAUGACAUUAAAAGGUCCUCCUCACCUGAAUACUGUGUGCACAUGUACCAUGACAUGUAAUUAAAAAGGUUUAAUAAUAAACAUAUACAUGCAUAUAUAUAUAGCUUUAUGUAGCACACUACUUGAUAUCUGAUGUAUGGUAAUAAUUAUUGAUAUGCUGUGCUGAGCUGACUGUUUUUGCAGUUCCAGACCACCAGCAGUACAAGAAACUAAUUUGGCUCCUCAGUUCUGGUUGGUCUGCAUGUUAAGGUAUACUGCCAACUUAGGUGAAAUGUGUAAGAAAAAAUAGUAAGCUAACAGGGCGAAAUUCAUGUUGUAAUAUUUCUUUUCAAAUGCUUGAAAAGAGUUUAGUGAAACAAAUGCAAACUUCUUGGGAGACUUGUCAAAACUGUGCUCGAUCUUCAUAGGUGCUCCCUGUUCUCUGUAAGGUGUGUCAAAGGAAUAGGGUCAAUAUCAAUUCUUAGGGCUUAGUGUGGUGAUGUAAGUCUAACCACUUGAAUAUUUCUGUGAAACACUUGAAGCAGUCUUUCAGCAGUGAGACCCUUUAUCUUAACCAUAACUUUACAUUUCUUUGCUAACACAGUAGUAGAUGCAGGACAAAUGGUGGCUCUCAGUGCACCCAUUUAGUUGUCUUUUUGAAUACUGUACCUUGGGAGAUUGUACUGAAGACUAACAAGGAGUCAUUGACUAUAUUCUGCUAACUUGGCAUUUAGCAUCCAGUUCAGAGAAAGUAUAGGAAAAAACUUAGAAAAUCAGGACUUGAGUUUCCACAAAGAAUCUUUUGAUAGCAAAUAGUUUAGGUAACUUCAUAAUCUGGUAUUCUAUUUGCAUAAUUCUUUAAAAACAUAAUUAAAUGGUGAUACUGAAAUAAAGAUGACAAAAUUAUAAAUCAAACUUGAGCUUUAGCUAGCGGCAACUGUAAAAGUGAAAAUUACCUUUUCAAUUACUUGAUCAGCUCAAAGUACUGAGAGCCAGAAGGAGUUUUAUUUCUUCAGUGGGCCAUACAUCUUACAUUGAGGAAGCAAAAACUGCUUUCAGAUUCAGACAUAAACUGUGGUUGUAUUGUUUCAAACCAAGGUUUGGUGAUGGGGCUUGUGUGUGUAAAUAGACUUUUUUCUCUUAUAGAUGUGAUGGAAGGUGAGAACAGGAACCACAGAAGAAUUCUGUGACAUGGAAAGUAUUGUAAGAGUGGACCAUUAAAAAACAAAACCACCAGAACUCCUAGUCUGGGUAGAAUAAAAAUUAUUUUUCUAAAACUAAGGCUAGUCCCCUAUGUUCAUGGGUGCCAAUUCUCUGAAUUUAAUACUAUCUAUUGGUAGCUGAGACACAAAUCUAAACUUCUUGAUAGAAAAGUACUUUUGAAUUAAAGCCAUCUCCCCUCUUCCACAUCAUCCACACAGUCUAAGAAAUCCUUGAAAAGAACUUAUAUUAGAGCUGUAACACUUUGAUUCUUCUUUUGCUGAAGACAAGCAAAGCCCAUUGAGAUACUUGUUUACAGUCAGCUUGCACACAUAAAUUAUGUUAUUUGAGCUUUACAUUUUGUCUUGAAUGGUGUUGGGUGCCACAAGUCAUAGAAUGCUCAGGUAGGCUUUAUUUAGUAGUUAAGACUGCUUAAAAUAAUUUCUUUUUUUUCUUAUUUGCCUAAGUUUAUCAUACACUUUUUAGCUAGAAAGCACCUUGAUUCCUGUUAUAUCUAGUUUAAUGUUAAAAACAGGAAGCAGAAGAAAUUGACCUGGAAAUACUAAUUAUAGGCAGCAAGUUAGGGCCUUAAAUAAAAUCAUAUCUAAACAAGUCAUUAAUUUCUCUGAGCUUUUAUAAUAUAGGAUGAUAUAGCAGUAUAUUCCCAUUUUCUAAGUAGUGCAAAUUUGUUGCAACUGUACACAAAUGACAUAUUUUAAUUUGUAGUGUACCACAAAUUCUUAGUUUUUCUCAGAAAAUUCUCCGAGAGACAAAUCAAACUCCUCUUUGGUUGUGGGAUGGAUUGCUGUUUUAUCAAACCAGAUUGGUUCCAAUUAUUCCAUUGUAAACCAGAAAUUAUGAAGAGUUUUGCUGAGUACUACAUGAUUACAAUGAUGGAUUUGUGUUUUGUGCCUGUAGUUACCAUCAAGGAAAAGAAGUGGCCAUUUUGUUGCAGUUUUGUUUUUCUUUUUGUUUCAUCUGCUAAAAAUGUGAUGAUAGUGAUUCUUUUAAUUAUUUAUACUUAGAAUUAAAAUUCUGUCUUGACUUUAUAUUUUGUGUAAUUUUCUUUUUUUUUUUUAGCUAUUGCUAUCAUGUUGUUAUAUCUCUGAAAGAAAUACACAUGGAAUUGCCCAAAGAAAAUAAGUAUGGAAGGGUGGGAUUUUUUUUUUUUUUUUUUUUUUUUUUUUUUUUUUUUUUUUUUUUUUUUUUUUUUUUUUUUUUUUUUUUUUUUUUUGGUAAGCAUUUUUGUUGUAAAAUAAAUAUACAAUCUCUAUGUAUACAAAUGCAUCCUGUUUCAGGAAACAGCUUAAGGGCUUGGUAUUGAAAAUUGGCUGUGUUCAGUGCUUGACCUGGCCAAGUUCCAGGGUUGCUAGUGUCUUCUACAUUUCAAGGAAUUUUGAAUAGUUGAAAAGUCCAUUCUGACAAAGUUGCUUGCUCAAUGCAGACCUUAGUUUGUGUGUAUAGAUAACACUUGCACAGAAGAGGAUGCUCUCAGCAUAUCAAAGGAGUGAGUGCUAGAGCCAUGGGAAAAUAUUUUUUGUGUUUAUUGUUUGGAAUUAAACUAAAAAAUAUAUUUUGAAAUGUCUCCAUUUAGUUUAGGAUUAUAUUCUGGCAUAAUUCUGUGAAUUAAUAGUGUGGUUUAGCUUUCAGUUUUUCUGUGUUCAAAAUGAAUGAAGACAUAUUGCAGGACUUCCUAAAUCUUGUUACAUUUGGUAGGAAGAAAGCUUUAAAAAGUAUGAAAUUAGAUUGAUCAUGAACCCUGCUGUGCUAGACAGUGAUUCAAAUAAAUUUAUUUCCUCAUUUGCCUCUCUUGCAAAUUUGUAUUUUGGAACAGGCCCCAGUCUAUUAGUUUUGUCACCUUUGGCAUUUAAAUCCACUUAUCACAUAUGUUUUUUGUGGUUGUUAAUCAGCUAAAGCUUAGUGCAAAAUGCAAGGUCACCACCAGCUGGAGACCAAACUAAUCCUACUAAUUACAAGGCAAAAUAAAAGAUAAAUCCUGCAGUAAAAUUGUAAAGCAUUUUACCAGGAAAUUCUUUGUCUCCCUCCUCUUGUCUUUACCAUUGUAUAAGUAAAAUGCUAGUAAUAAAUGAUCUUUUGACCACCAUUGUGCUAAGAGCCCAUAGCUCUUCAGUUUGAUUUGUGCUGGGACUAGACAUGAUGUUUUUAAAGCUGUGUAAAUGUCUAAAUUUUCAUUUGCUACUGUUCUCUUGCAGGUUAAGUAGCCCUGAAUUUUAAAACUAACUUACCCUCUGAAAAUUUCUUACAACUUCUGAGCUGCUGACCUUGGUUUACCUUGUUCAGUGAAGGUAUAUUAUAGCUCAGUUUUCAUUAGAGACUGAUAUAUCACUUGAGCCUCUCAAAUUUCUUUAUAGAAGCAGGAUUGUAAGUCCAGAAAAAUGUACACAUAUGCAUGUGUGUUUUAGAUCACCCAGUCCACUCACUUUUCUCUUGAGACUUUCAUAGCUCUCAUUUCAAAGAAAAGUCUAUUUCAUGAAGGAAUAGACACAGUUUAGGGGGAAAACCCGCCAUAUUGUCAGAAUGUGUUACUUGAAGCCGUAUUUCUACAGUGUGUAGUACUGACUCUACAAAAGACCUACGAAAACAAUUUUUAAAAUGUGAAGCAGCAUCUGGAAGGUCUGCCAUUAGGAAUCCGUGUUUAUAACCUAAAAUCAGAAUCCCUGCCGGAGACAUAAUAACAGAAAAAAUGAAUUACUUCAGAAAAGUAUUUGAUCUACUUUUUAGAUAGGCAGAACUUAAAACUUGAUGUUUUUUCUUGCAUUGGUUGCUUUAAUCUGGAGAUUUGUCUGUUCUCAUUUGAUUUAGCAGAUAGUGGGGAGAGAGUGGUGACAAGGCGUUGCAGUAGAUAAUUUUCCCGUAUCUGUCUUUCUCCUGUAAUGCCUACAAAUUGCUUUUAGGGACUGUUUAAUUUAGAUUUUGUGCGGGGGAAAAAAUUAUUUUGAUGUUUCAUUAUUCUGCAAAUUUAGGGUUAAGAAAAUGCCUAACCAUUUGGUUUUGUGAUAAUUACGAUUCUUAAUUCAGGCUCCAACAGGAGUUGAGCCUGGGCUUUUUCAGCAGUGGAAAGAAUAAAGGCAGGCUAUGAAGCGUCUUGUGUGACAGUUGCCCGAAAGCUUGCUGAGUAAGUGUAGUGUUUAGUCCUGCCCCAUAUUUUAUGCUUGACUCAAAUAGGGCAUUGACUUGGAUUUGAGGGUAACUGCUUGCAUGAUACAGAAUCUAAAGGAAAGACAUGUCAGCAGUCUAACAACCAAAAUGCAUAUCAUACCCUGCCAACUUGUGAAGUUUACUGUUUUAAAGAUGCUCUGUAGCUUUCCUGUGAAAAAAUUGACUCCUAAGGUGUCUUAGCCUAAAAUAAAGUGUGAGGAAAAGGCUUCUGAAA